AGGCCAGCAUGGCCUCUCUUAGGUUUCUCUCUGGUAUGGUCGAUUAUUUCACGAAAAAUAUAAAAAAGACAGGGAUCAAGAAUGGACUUUGUCAGGAGCCUUAGGUUUCUUUGGAUUUCUCUCUAAUAAUGCCAAGUGAAUUGUAUUUUUUUAUCCAUGUUUUAUGUCUAAAGCUGGAAUGACACAUUAAGGCACUGGGGCACUCGUGAAGUUUCAACUAGCAGCAACCUAUAUUGCUCCUGUCUUAUAAUUUAUAGUCAGCUAUUUAACCAUGGCAAUUUAAAGUUUGAUAUAAAAAAAUAAUGUACUAUCACGAAUUUAAACUGUAUGAUGUAAAGAAGUUGAAUUCUAUUUUGCACAAUUAAUAAGGAUGACUAAAUAAUAUCGUUAUGUUACAAUUUAUGUUGUCUCAUUGAACAAUAUUAGUAUACUGUUACUAUAUAUUACUUGAAUGUUGAAUACACAAUAAUUUGUAAUUUCGAACUCAUUUUAAAAGUAACAGUGAAAAAUCAUUUCAUUCAUGUAUGCUAUAUUUUUAAUGAAUAAUGGAAGCCAUUAAUGAUGUGGAACAAUUUCUUGCUGAUAUUUGGCAUGAUAUUGCUGGUUUUGUAAGUGAAUCUGCGGUCUAUAUAGAUCAUGCAGCAACGGAAUGCCUUCACUGGCAUACUGGUGGCAAGAUACAUUCCUUCUUUAAGGAUGCUGGUGCAAUGUCAGUUCAUGAAUUGGAUAUGUAUAACUUUCGUUAUGUCAAAGUACAGAAUUGCAAAAAGGUAGUUAUUAUUUCUACUUCUACUGAUCUAGCUUUUUAUCAACGUACAGUUAAGAUGAUGUUAGAGAAAAAUGCAUUUGAACAUUGCACAAUUAUUACUGCUGCACAUUCAAGCGUGUUAAAUUAUGAGGAUUCAGUGUCACUAGAGGAUAGAACAGAUUAUAUCAAAUUAAAGAGAGAUGUAAAAAGCUGGAUGCAUUCUAAUCAACAGUUGCAGGACUGUUCAGUGACAAUACUAUUUCGACCAAUUUUUAUUAGUCUAAUUGACAAUGGUCUGUUUGUAACACCACCUUUCAGUGAUCUAUUAUCACCAUUAAAUAAUGCAUUGUUAAAGAAUUCACAGUAUGCAGUUGAUCAUUUUGUGAGUUUGUUCAACAGUUUAUUAACAUAUUUGAAUUUGAAAGAAGAUAUUUAUUCAAUUGGAAAAUUUAGCGAAUAUGUUGCUGAAAAAUUAGAAACGUUACCAAUAGCCAUCGAUCGUAGAAACAGUUUAGUUGCUACAAAGAGAAAGGGAGUAUCUUUAAUCUUUGUCGAUAGAGUAUUAGAUCUUUGUACUUCCACUAGUAAUAAUACUGAAUCGUUGCUAUCCAGAAUAUUGUGUACUUUACCUCAUUUACCUCAUCAUUACAAUGACGUUGCAAUAAAUAUGUCUCCUCUAUUUUGCGGUCCACAGGAAUUUAUCGAUGUACCAGGAUGCUUGGCUAGCAAUGAUAAAACGCUGAUGAAUAUAUUAAUCACAAAAAAACAAAAGGAAGUAUUGGCUACUAUGAAUAAAAUACUUAUCGACAUACUUUCAUCAAAAGAAAAUUUAAAACUAAGAGAAAACUUGAAACCAAAAUUAGCAACGAGAAUUUCUGCACAUAGUUUAGAGAAGCUUGUAAAUAAAUUUAAAGAUGUAGAUGAUCUUCACAUUAUAUCAGAAUCAAGCAAAAAGCUUCAAGUGGUACUGGGAAUUAUACAAGCCUUAACAUCAGAAAAGACUUCACGAUUAGAUUUAUUAAUUAGUCUCGAGAAAUUAAUUUUACAAAACAUAGCUGUGAGUCGUGAUUCUACAAGCGUGCUUGGGCAAUUAAGCAAUAUAAUAAAAACGCGCGAAAAACGAGGCCUAGAUACAGAUAAUAUAUUGGCACUUUUGGUGCACAUUUAUGCGUUAGUUGGAACUGAAAUACAAUUCUCUCUUCAACAAGAGCAACAGUUGAAAGAAGCGAUCACUGAUGCUAUAUUUGAGGACAUUACAAAAUUAAAAGAAAAUAUACUGAACAGCAAGAUGUCAGUGUAUCAACAAACUUUAUCGCUUUUCGAUGUUACAGAGACUGAGAGUAUAAAGGAAACAUCUGUAAAAAUAGCGAAUCAUAUUAUGAAGACGUUACAUGAAAUAGCACAGCAACGUGCGUCUCUACAUAACUAUACUUCUAUGAUGUCUAAAUCAAGUUCUCAAGAAAUCGUUCGACGUGUCGGCAUCUUGCAACAAUUAUUAACAGAUAUACUCCAGCCAGAUAAAUAUGAACUUCCUGAUUUACAUCAGAGAUCACCUUCGUUUAUUUCUGCUGGAUUCAACUUAUUUUCUAAAGGAAGAAUAAAACAUCAUCCAUGUGAUAACAAUUGGAUUAUCAUUUAUGUCAUUGGAGGUAUAACACCAGAAGAAAUAAGAGAAACUAAAGAAAUUAUAUCAUUAUUUAAUUCAAAUUGCCAAAUAACAAUAGCAGGUUCGAGACUGUUAAAUCCAUUAGACAUAGUGGAGAAGGUUCUUCUUUCAUCAAUUAAUUACUGAAACUUAUUUACUUUCAAUUUAUAUUUAUUAUCUCAUCCAUUUUAUACCAGAAUCAGAGAUUGUAUAAUAAAUCUGUUUUACAUUAUUAGUAAAUUGUACAUGACACAUAAACUCACGAAUUCUAGUACUUUUA